AUAGAAGAGAGAGAAAAAGGGGCGAACUGGUUAGUGAGGAGCUGCUUGUCUCCUGUCAUCUCUCUUCUCUCAAAUGUCGACGAAACCCUAGUUGUUAUCUCCGUCUCUCCACACACACACACACACAGAGUAUUUAUGUCCAAUUUUAUGGAGUUUUGAGCUUCGCUUCAUUCAUGUAUAACUGAUAAUUGGUUCAUAUAUCUAUAUAUAUAUAUACCCACACACGUAUAGGUUUGAGGUGACGGAGAUAGAGAAAUGUAUAGAGAUCGAGGUGGUGGUUCAUCGAGGUCGGAGAUCGCGGGAGGACCGUUGGAUCGGAAACGAAUAAACGAUGUGUUGGAUAAGCACUUGGAAAAAUCAUCACCUUCCACAUCUAGAGCCUCCUUAAAGGAUAAGGCGGUUCCUUCUACCUCUAAAUUGCAUCAUCAUCAUCAGCAUCUUGAUAACACGAAGAACAAGUGCUCUGAUGAUGAAUCUGAAACAGACAGUGAAGAGUCUGAUGUUAGUGGUUCUGAUGGGGAAGAUACAUCAUGGAUUUCUUGGUUUUGUAACCUGCGUGGAAAUGAGUUCUUCUGUGAAGUUGAUGAUGAAUACAUUCAAGAUGAUUUUAAUCUCUGUGGAUUGAGCAGUCAAGUGCCAUAUUAUGACUAUGCACUUGACCUUAUCCUUGAUGUUGAAUCCUCUCAUGGUGAUAUGUUCACCGAGGAGCAGAAUGAAUUGGUUGAGUCAGCGGCAGAGAUGUUGUAUGGUUUGAUCCAUGUCCGGUACAUUUUGACUAGCAAGGGAAUGACUGCAAUGUUAGAGAAGUACAAGAACUACGACUUUGGGAGAUGUCCACGAGUUUAUUGCUGUGGACAGCCUUGCCUUCCCGUUGGUCAGUCCGAUAUUCCACGUUCAAGUACAGUAAAAAUAUACUGUCCCAAAUGUGAGGAUAUCUAUUACCCCCGAUCGAAGUACCAAGGCAAUAUCGAUGGAGCUUACUUUGGAACAACGUUUCCACACCUCUUUUUGAUGACUUAUGGACACCUCAAGCCACAAAAACCAACACAGAAUUAUGUUCCCAGGGUAUUUGGUUUCAAGCUCCACAAAACUUGACAGUGAAGUCCGUUGUGAUAUUGUGAAGAUAUUACAUCUUUCUGCCACUAAUGGUUCUUACCUGGCUAUUAUGUACAAUUCAUCAUGGUAGAUCCCCGGUACAAACUUGAUUCAUUGAUCAAGAAGCAGCCAAUCUGUCAAGUGAAAUUCGUCUUCAAAAUUUCGUCAUGAAAUACAAGAGCAUCUGUAAGCUUAUUUCUUUUCUAGUUAGCUAGGGAAUUGGAUUUAUUCCUCGAUGUAGUUCUUUGGUAUCUGUUUGUCCUUUUCUGUUGGUGCUUCAGUACUGAAUGCUACCAUGUUUUCCAGCAGAGGCACUCAUCUGGAGGAUAGGUUAGGAUACACCAAGGAUUUGCUCCUUUUUGUAGGACCAUUUCCAGAUGUAAUGUCGCAUGACAGUACUAAAGUUUAUUUGAAUUUGAUGUAAUGAUGAUAAAAAAUAUAAUUGUGAUCGAUAA